AUGUCAAUAAAAAAUAAAAUUAAAACUCACAUUAAAAUGGCAAGGGCUUGAUCAUUUUUCCCUCUCUCUCUUAUUAAAAUGACCAAGAAAGACCAAGAUCUGUCAACACAACCACCGAUCAUUACCCUGUUGACAGGCGCAGCAGGUGCUUUUGGAGCUGGUCUCUUGGGUGCUAUUUGGCAUACAAAGAAAAAGCAGAAUCAGAGAAUAGAAACAGAGAUUAAAGAAGGCAUCAAGCAUAUACCUCAUCGAUUCAUUCCUCCCAAGUUGACACCGGAAGAAUUGGCAAUUGCAAAAAAGGAAGCUACCAUGUUUGCCUUCAAGACAUUAGGUCUGGGUACUUUGCUUGCCUUUACAGGAGCUGGAAUACUUGCCAAAACUGUCAGUUGGUGGCUUGACGUUCAUAGUUUUAAAGAAUUUUCAGAUACAAUGCAACUCAUAGUACCCAGAAAGACCUCACGGCUAAGACAAAUGUUGGGAGGAAAGAAGUUUGAGGUGACAAAAGAAGAAGAAGAAGAACUCAAAGAGUUUGAUAUUGGCGAAUAAAAAAAAAUGCAUUUUUUUGUGUUAUAUUAAAAGUGUAUGUUUUUAUGCUUGUAUAUGAAUAUUAGGAAAAGUUCAAAUGAUUCUGCUGCUGUUGCUGUUGUUGUUGUUGUUGUAAAUGCCUUGUACCUUCUAAAACAAUGCUGAUAGCCUUGUUUCUAGUAUUCAAUUCCCUAAUUUCGACUUCCUUCAAACUCAAAAGAUUCU